CUGGAAUACAGAUAUCCGUCUUCCCACUGCUAUCUUACUUCUCCUUCCCCAACCAAAAUGGACCGUCUCUCUUUCAUCUCUCUUCUCUUCAUCAUCUCCCUCCUAUCCUCUCCCAUAACCUCUACUAUCUUCUCAGAUGAACCCCAUGAAGUCGAUUCUCUAAUUCGUCAAGUCGUGUCGGAUGGAGACGACGAUCAUCUCCUCAACGCCGAGCACCAUUUCUCUCUCUUCAAGUCAAACUUUGGCAAAACCUAUACGACGCAGGAGGAGCACGACUAUAGAUUCAGAGUCUUCAAGGCCAAUCUGCGCCGAGAGAGCCACCAACUCCUUGACCCCACCGCCGCCCAUGGCGUCACCAAGUUCUCCGAUCUGACACCGUCAGAGUUUCGCCGUCAGUACCUCGGAUUGAAGCCUCUCCUGCUCCCUGCCGAUGCAAAGAAGGCUCCUAUCCUUCCAACCAACAAUCUCCCUACGGAUUUUGAUUGGCGUGAUCAAGGAGCCGUCACUGUGGUCAAAGACCAGGGUGCUUGCGGAUCGUGCUGGUCGUUUAGUACUACCGGAGCUUUGGAGGGAGCACAUUUUCUGGCGACAGGGGAACUUGUCAGCUUGAGCGAGCAGCAGCUUGUUGAUUGUGAUCGCCAGUGUGAUCCAGAAGAGUAUGGGGCCUGUGACUCGGGCUGUAGUGGUGGGUUGAUGACCACUGCUUUUGAGUACAUACUCAAGGCUGGUGGAAUUCAGAGAGAGGAGGACUAUCCUUAUACUGGGAAUGAUAAGGGGACUUGCAAAUUUGACAAGAACAAGAUUGCUGCAUCUGUCGCUAACUUCAGUGUUGUUUCCCUUGAUGAGGAUCAAAUAGCUGCGAAUCUGGUGAAGAAUGGUCCACUUGCAGUGGGGAUCAAUGCAGUUUUUAUGCAAACAUACAUUGGAGGGGUUUCAUGUCCUUACAUUUGUGCUAGGCAUUUGGAUCAUGGAGUGCUUAUGGUGGGGUAUGGAUCUGCUGGUUAUGCCCCUAUUCGCUUUAAGGAGAAACCAUACUGGAUCAUUAAGAACUCCUGGGGGCCAAACUGGGGUGAGGAAGGAUACUACAAAAUCUGCAGGGGUCGAAACAUAUGUGGAGUGGAUUCCAUGGUCUCAACGGUGGCUGCAAUACACACUUCUUCUUCAUAGGUCAUAAGAAAUUAUCACAAUAUGGAGCCCUGGUGCUUAGUAAAUGGGGUUCUUGUUGUAUAUUUUAAGUGAAGCAAGAAAAGAUAUAUAGAUUAUUACCUACCUAGAUUUGUUUCAGUGCUCAGAACACUUGACAAUUUAUCACUGAAAAACUUGCGAUGCUCCUGUUAUUUGUAAGCUUGUCUUAUUGUAAUAUGACUAUACCCUUAAAGGUUUGUGUACACUGUUUGCUGCUAUGAAAUAGAAAAGGGGUUACUACUUUGAAGGGUUAGUGAA